AUGGACGCCAAGUUACAAUCGAUAGCUUCGCUACAAAACGACUCCGAGAAAGUUGUUCGAUAUACGGAAUUGUUGCGAGAAAUUUCGAUCGACGCCUCGGACGAAAAGAGUCUUGUCGAACAGUUUGUCGCGCACCUCCUCUCCGUCCCUUCUUUGCAAGUGAGCAAGCAAGUGUUUCAGCACUUCUCGUCUUCUUUGGAGAGUUCCAUGUGCAAAUUAGACGAUUCAUACAAGUUCACUCUUUUUGUAAAGUUCGCCAAGUACUUGUUGGAACAAUCUUCUUCUUCUUCAACUGUCGUCAGUGACGAAGGGGUAGACGAGUCGUCCGUGGCGAAUUCGGAAAUGUACUUGAAUCGAGCCAAGUUUCUUUUGAGUAAAUGUAAAGACGAAGAGAGUAUGAGAGACUUUAAACUGUGCGAUGCAAUCAUUUCGGAUCUGAAAGGACGUUUUGUCGAAGCUGGAUUGGGGUACUUAGCUUUGAAGGAUUUCCGAAACGCUGCGAUAUGCGCGACGUUGAGCAAAGACAGUUACCAAAAGACUCGACUGAUUGCGAAACUUUUAGCGCCUCCUUCUGUGGCGGCGGUGAUGAAAGCAAAAGGAGAAGAAGACACAACGAUGGCAACAGACGACGGAGAUAACGACGAAGAAGGUUUGUUGAACAUAUUAAAAUCCAUUCAGCUCGGACGGAUUGUAGAUGCAGACGCCAUCAAGAGCAAAUUGACGAAACCACACCACCUGAACGCCUUCGUCGCCGUCAACUUGGAGCAUAACUUACUCUGUGUGAGUAAGUUGUACAAAUCGAUAACGUUAGUCGAGUUGUCCAACAUUUUAAAAGUGAACGAACGCGAGGCGGAAAGAAAAGGAAUCGAGAUGAUCAGUCAAGGGAAAUUCAAAGGCGUUUUUGACCAAGAAGUUGGAUUGUUGGAGUUUUUGAAGAACGAAGAGGAGGAGGAGGUCCACGCUUUGCGAACGCUGACCGACAAAAUCGCGCAGGUGUGCGACUUGAUUACGAAAAGUAAAAGCAAGGACGGCGUGCGAGCUUGA